AAGGUAGUCAUUGUGUUUAUUAUCCAAAAUUGCAAGUAACCGUGCUUCAGUACUAAUAAUUUGUAUUUCAUUUAAAAGAAGUUGAAAAAUAUUUCCUGUUACAUCAACGGAUAACGUUGACUUUUAUUGAAUUAACGUUACAGAAAAUAAUAAACAUGGAUCUCAUGGAUAAUUCUUUCGGUAACUAUUCCAUUUUGGGGGCUCAUACUGCCAGACCAAAGAAUUUCAAAGAAACUUAUCAUCCGGUUCAACAAAACCUGAGAAAUUACAAAGCAAAAGAAAACAGAACGCUAGUUAAAGGCUUGAUGAUCACACAAGGAAUGCACAUGCCCCUACGUUUAGCUAUGGAACAAAAAGUGUUUGAAAGUGUUGGACGUCUACCAAUUUUGAAGUCAUCUAAUUUACAUGCUGAAGUAUUAAAUGACACUCUUGAUACAGUCACUGAACGAGAUUACUUAAACCCAGCAGAGUACAAUGAAACAUUAGUUCCAUCAUUUGUAGUUAUGGAUAAAGAUUUAAAAUUUUAAUUUAUAAAUUAAUAUUUAAAAACAUUACAACAUUUUAAGACAUUUUCAAUAAUACUUUUUCUAUUAUGAAAUGUUCUUUAAACAAAUAACAUAAUUUGGGUAUUGUGUACAGUGAAAUAAAUAAUAAAGUAUAAUUAUACAAUAUUUCUUAAAAUCA